AUGGUAAGAAGCCCUAUAAAGUUUCUGAGUUUUGAAGCCACAGUAGCUGAGCUUAUAGACCAUUCAACCAAGAGCUGGAAAAGGGACCCGGUGCAAGAAAUAUUUGAAGAAGAGAAAGCCUUAGUGAUCCUCCAAACUCCCAUUAGCUCCUUGAAUUCCAAGGACAAGCUCAUAUGGCAUGGCACAAAAAAUGGCUCUUUCUCAGUGAAGAGUGCAUAUCACAUGGAGAAAGCAACGAAAAUGGAAGGAAGAGGCCAAGCCUCAACCAGUAAAUCAUUUAAAGAAGUAUGGAAAAAAAUAUGGCAGCUCCAUAUCCCUCCAAUUGACAAAAUGUUUAUAUGGAGAGCAUGCCAAGAAUCCCUCCCUACCCAGCUCAACUUAUUCAAGACAAAGAUAGUGAAGGUACCACUAUGUCCAAUUUGCUCAAGAGAGGAGGAAAGUAUUCUACAUACUCUUUGGAACUGUGAGGUAGUCAAAGAUGUUUGGGGCCAAUGCUCGAUGAGGCUGCAAAAAAGCACAUGCUCCCAACUGCCUAUGGUGUUAUUCUUUGAGAACAUGAUCAAAGUUCUCAAUGAUUCAGAGAUGCAGGAAUUUGUGAUGGUAGCUAGACAAUUAUGGCUGAGAAGAAAUUCUUUUAUCUUCAAAAACAAAUUCCUACCUCCAAACUGUCUACUCAGAGAAACCAGUUUGAGACUACAGCUGCUAAAAGAAGAGGAGGACAAAAUUCAGACUCAAAAGAAGGGCCAACAGACAAAGAAUUCAGCUGAGAAGUGGCAAAGUCCUCCUGCAAACUAG